CGACGGGAAGCCCGCGCCGCAGCCAGCGCCGCGGCGGCCCCGCGGCCCCCGGGGAACGGCGCAGGUUGGUGCUUGAGUUCACUCUGAGCUCACACUGCUGCCCAGUGGAGACACCCUUGGAGGGAGCAUUCAGACGUGUCCUAGGAGAGGAAUUCGAUGGGGACUGUUCCCGACUCUCUGAGAUCCACUAAAACCACCCUGAUUGCAUCUGCUGGGAAAGAAGGGACUGGAGGAGAAUUACAAGCCGUCCCCUCUCCGCAGGAUGAGAAUGCCAAUGGCCUUGCUGGAGCUCCAGCAACACCACACCUCAGCCUGGGCUCAGCCCCGGAGGUCCUGAUGCAAACCUGUGAGCAUGACACCCCUCAGCCAGACAUGUCUUCUGGUUUGUUCAACCAGCUGGAGAAAGCAUGUCUCACCUGCAACUCUCCCAGUGACCCCCAGCUACCGGGAAGCAGCAAGCCCACCACCCCCUCCCCAACAUCUGCAGUAGGAAAAGAUUUUGGGCAUUCACCCUCCACAAUGCCAGCCAAUCAGCACACGGGCCAGGCCAUCCCAGGUGAUCAGCCCAAUGCCACUGGCUCACUGGUCCCUAAAGAUACCUCCAUGAAAUCCCAGAGCACCACCACGGAGCAACCGGAGAACAACAGUGCAACACCGCCACCAAGCAACAGAGAGCCAGAUGAGAACUCAAGUCUCCCUACUGGCGACACCUGUGGCAACAACAAAGAGAUCGCAUCUUGUGAUUUUCCUUCUCCAGAUAAACUCCAGGAAAGGGUACACACUCCGCAUGCCCAGGUGUGGAGUCAUUCAUCCUCUCCCACAGGUGCACGGGAAGGGGAAAGGCAGGUCUCUGGUUCCAUGAAGACACCCUGUAACCCUGCAACAAGAGAGGGCGAAGUUACAGAGACCAGAAAGCCCUCUGCCACCCUCUCUGAGAGCCAAGGCUUCACAGCUGAGACACCUCCACUGUCGCAGCUCACUAGCGAAGAUUCGCCAUGUCCUCAGGAUUCUAAGACUGAGCCCACCCAGCAUCGAGUGUCCAAGUUCAGAGAAGCCAGUACAAUGACCACCCAAACUGAUCCUGAGCCCAGGGAAGUCCCCAGCAGGGCUCAGCAAGAUGCUGAGGUUCAGGCCGUGGCCCUGGUGGAGAGCAGGUCAGUCUCUACCAGCCCCAGCAUCCUCACCGCCUUCUUAAAGGAGAUCCCUGCCCUGGAGCAUCUGGAAGCACAGGAGCAGCUGAGUGUCAUCUGCCAUGGCCGUGGCGGUGGCAGCCACGUGUUGGAGCUCUGUCACAGCACCCUGGGCCCCCAGGUGCCGCCAGGACCCUGCCCUGCCAUCCAGCCACCGCUGCCCACCCAUGCCAAAGCUGCAGCUGCUUCUGCAGGUUUCCAAGGAAACCACAACCCAGCGAGCCCAGCAGGGGACAUCUUCAAAACCCCAUCCAUCAGCGUGGCCUCCAGUCCGACUCAGGAUGGAUGUAAUCAAGAAGAGGGACGAUCAGCGGGCAUGACUCCAGUGGGGCAAGACCGAACCUCCACGCCGCUAGCGGGGACUCAUUCCAGCUCUCAGAAAGCUAGCCUGGUCGACCAGAUGUCCCUUGGUGCCAAUGCCCAAGAUGGACCCAAUGAGGGAUCAGACCCCUGUGAACCCCAGGAAUCUGCAUUUGGAAUGAAAACCACAAAUGACCACAAAACAGAACCGCCUGGCCAACCAUCCAUCUCCUGUAGUCCCCCCGCCAGCGGAGAUGGCCAGGCUGAGAGCUUGGACCUCAUCCUGAAAGGAGGUGCAAAGGAAGGGACGCCGGCCUCACCGCCAAUAGGAAGAGAACUAGAGUCUGCAGACAUGAAUACCCCAGAGGCCAAACCCUUACUGCUCACUCCUCAACCUCAAGAGAAUGCAGGCCCAGGGUCCACGGCGAAUAAGAAAGAACCCUCCCCAAUAAGAAAGACCCAGGAGAACAUGUCAGAAGACCCCAGACAGGCCAGGCCAGCCGCCAGCCUGAGCUUACCCCCCGACUCUCUGGGGGACUCCAGCCCAGGGUCUGGCAAAAGGACCCCUUCUCGGUCAGUGAAGGCCAGUCCCCGCAGGGGCAGCCGGGUCAGUGAGUUCCUCAAGGAACUGAGUGUGACCGCAGCGGCCGCUCAGGUAGGGCUCACCCCGGGAGAGAAGAAAAAGCAGCUGAGCCUGGACUCCAAGGUCCAGCUGAAGCAGUCCAAGCGUGUGAAGGACGUGGUGUGGGAUGAGCAGGGCAUGACCUGGGAGGUGUACGGUGCUUCUCUGGACCCAGAGUCCCUGGGAAUCGCCAUCCAGAACCAUUUACAAAGGCAGAUUAAGGAACACGAGAAAUUAAUCAAAACACAAAGUGACCAGACCCGGAGAUCCAUUUCCUCUGAUACUUCUUCAAAUAAAAAGCUCAAGGGAAGGCAGCAUAAUAUCUUCCAGUCCAUGCUGCAGAAUUUUCGUCGCCCCAACUGCUGUGUUCGCCCAGCCCCCUCUUCUGUGCUGGACUAAAAGCAGACGUGGGGGGAUGGAGGGAGGACAGGGGGAUUCAUGCAUACAUUUAUGGUAUUCCUACAUGUGUCUGUCAAAGCUGACUUCGUUUUACUUUUCCUGAGGAAACAGGAGAAUGAAGCAAGUGUGACCUAUAGGAAAAUUCUAUUAAAAACUGUUGGAUCCCUUGACUUAAGUGCCAUACCAAAUAAUAAUAAUAAUUAAAAAUUCAUUUCCACUUGAAAGCAAGAACACGAGGAACAAUCUUCCCUGAAGGUUUUGCAGUCUUGAUGGAGUAGAAAUAAUAUCUUCCAGGGUUUUUAAAUGUGAUUUUUUUUGCAUCUAAGAAUAACAUGACCAAUAUACAUGUAUCAUUUUGUAUUACUGCCUCUAUUUAUCAUGUACUAGUAUUUCCAUUAAAGUCUCUGCUUUAUAUUGGGG